AUGUCGGCCACCGUGGUGAUCAGCGGCGACGAGGAGGCAACUGGGAGUGAAAUCAUCACAGUCUAUCAUCGACCAUACAAGUGCAGUAUUGCGCAGAUCACAGAGAUCAGUCUGGACAACGAGCAACGAGCCCUGGCGUUUGCGGCCCACCCCCUACGGGAGUCCUACCAAGAUACUCGGCUAUUGGUUCUCCUGCCAGCGCCAACCGUGGAAGAUGAGGUGUGCUGCGAAUUUCGCGUUGUUUCUUUAAGGGCGUCCAGCGAAAAGUGCACAACGUCAGAAGCCUCACACUACGAAGCAUUAUCCUACACCUGGGGGGAGUCCGCGAACAGCCGGUCAAUAACGCUCGGUGGGCGGGCGGGUUUCAAGGUCACCGACAAUCUUCACGCAGCUCUGGUUCGUCUACGCCGUGCGGACAGGCACAGGAUUCUCUGGGUUGAUGGGUUAUGCAUUGACCAUGACAACAAUGUUGAGCGGAACUGGCAAGUAGCUCUGAUUCCCCGAGCCUUGAAGGCUGCCGAUUCAGUCAUCGUCUGGCUGGGCGACUACGAGUCCCAGUAUGAGCCCACGGCAACUCGGGAGUCAGAUCGGGAGCAGUGGCUCAGGCAAAGCAGCAGAGCCUUGGGCCACGCUCUACAGGAACCUCUGUGGUCAGAAAGCGCCUGGUCCAUGCAGGCAGCUGUACUCGCCACUGUCCCGCCCACAUUUCAGUUCGGCUCCGUCACUUGGAGCUGGGAACUUCUGAGACGCGAACUCAACCAUUCGCCGACGGGUAUGAUACAUUUCCUCCCAAAUCUGGCACGCCGUGAAGCAGCAGACCCCCGCGACAUGGUAUACUGCCUCCUGGGACUGGUCAAGGAGGGAGAGAGCGCCCUCGUCAGCCCGAGCUACGAUGAGCCACCGGCUCAGUGUUUCAGCAAGGCAACCUUCGCGCUUGUUUCGUCCGAGAAGCACCUCGCCUGCAUCGGCUUAGCACAGCAUGGUGACAUGCCUUCAUGGGCCAUCGACUUCACCCUCUCGGGCUGUGAAGUUGAUAAUGCUCAGCUGGAGCUGGCAAGAAGCACGCUGUCCAAGAUGAGACGUCGGGAUGUGUGGGAGGACUACCUCUUCGAGAUGCCACCACCACCCUCCCUCAACGAAGAUGGCUCCAGGCUUCGACUUUCAAGCUUUCUCCUGGACCGGGUGGCCGACACGACCCCUGUGUCCUGGGCUGCAAGUCAGCGUAGCGCAACAUGCCACGAACGCGAGGGUUAUCGCUCGUCUCUUCGAGCCCUCUUCUCAUCGAUGCCAAGAACCCACCCGCGACAAGCUCUGAUGCAAGGCGACCGUCCCGUUGCUCUUGAGCCUGGCCUCGAAAGCCCUGACUGGACGAGUCUCAAGUCCAUCUUAGGGCACCAGCUACUCGACACCGAGAGACUUGGUCUUCACCUCGCCGGCGCCUGGUACUCAGCGACAGGGCUUGAGAGCCCGUUCCUGACAAGUCUCUGGUGGAAGACUAUCCUCGACUACAGCAAGAUCAUCUCGGACCCCGAGCCGGUGUGGUUCAGGUCAUCGUAUGGCUUCGUCGGCUACAGUCCCAGGCUUCUUGAGCCCGACGACGUGUUGUGCCUCGUGACUUCUGACACGCACCCGAUGAUCCUCCGGAAGACUGGAGACGGGUACACUUUUGUCUGCUUUGCUUGGGUUCCUGGCAUUAUGAACCACGAGAUAGAUGGCAUACUUUACGAAAUAGGUGCCACGGAUAUUGAACUGAUAUGA